AGCUGCGACUGCCACUUGAACACGAGUCUAUUACAUAAUCACAAAGCAACUGGAGGCUGCAAACGGACAGAGCGUUGACGAGCUGCUUAUUUGAGUUUGGCGCGUCUUCGCCCAACUCUUGCAAUGCCGCUGGCCUCAAUUUAUCAAACGUAGCAAAUUAGAAUUGCUCCAUCGCUGCGCGCAAGUAGCUGGUGUUGACGCUUCAGACGAUGUCCGGCAUGGUUCGGCGCGGUGGCGGAGGAGGGGACAGCGCUGCAGGCAGCAAAUCUAACGGCGCUUGCACAUCGAGCAGUGCAAGCAGCAAUACAGGCUCUGGUGGGUCAGGGGUAGCCAAGGUUCCUCCGCGGCAGCUCUGGUGCCCCGCUGCGCUGCGUGCCGCGGCUGCUGCUCGGGCGGGAAGCUCGGGCGGCGGAGGCAGCUCCAGUUGCAUGCUAGACGCAGAGAACGGCACAAAGGAUGGCAGCAGGAGCGUCGUCGCGCGCGGUGCUGCCAAGGGCUCUGGUGCCACGCUGGGGUAUCCGGCGCCGCGGCGGACAGUGACCCUUUUCGAGGAGGCCCCACUGUAUCUGGACAACUGCCCGCAAUGGCUGAAGUCCCACUCCUUGUGGUCGCCAAGGCUACCCACGCGGCUUGUGGACGUGACCCGCCUAGGUGAGGGCCGGCACGGCAGCGUUGCGCUGGUCACGCAGCGGGGCAGCAGCGGCGCCGGCUCGGGGCAGCAGCGGGCAGUGCUGAAGCAGUUUGUCCGGGACCGCCUGCUGGAGUCGCCUCGCGUGCAUCAGAAGGUGCUGGCCGAGUGGCGUGUGCACAGCAGGCUGACGCACGAGUUCAUCGUGCCGCUGUACGGCGCCGUGGAGGACCGCGGCUACGUCACCUUCCUCAUGGAGGCGCAGCAGGGCGACCUGCUGUGGUACCUGGACGAGCAGGAUUCCGAGGUCAUGGGUGAGGACGAGGGGCGCGCGGUGAUGGCGGACGUGCUGGCCGCACUGUGCUACAUGCAUGAAAAGGGGUAUGUGCACCGGGACAUCAAGCCGGAGAACAUCUUUCUGUCGCCCGGGGCUGGCGGUGGCCCGGGUGCGGCGCGGUGCGGCGCCCGCCGUGGCACCUCACGCGCCACCUCGGGCAGCGUGCACACGACGUGGCGGCUUGGCGACCUGGGCAGUGCGGUGGAGCUGGCGGAGGUGAUGCAGCCGGGCGCGCCCGGGCUGUUCUUGGAGGGCUCGCCGCCGUUCUUGGCACCCGAGUAUGUGGAGCUGUGGAUGGCGCCGUCGGGGCACCGCACGCCGGCGCGGCUGCAGCAGGCAACCUCAUUCAAGCAAGACAUCUGGGCGCUAGGUGCAACUCUGUACGACAUUCUGGUGGGCCACCCGCCCUUCAGCGGCCCCGCCGGCGCUGACCCGCCCAUGUCGGAGCUUGCCGCAGCCAUCAUGUCCGCACCGCCCUGCCCACAUCCGGCGGAGGUGCCGGGGCUGUCGCCCGCGGCCGCGGACUUCAUCUGCUGGACGCUGCAGAAGGAUCCCGCGCUGCGGCCCACCGCCUUUGAGCUGGUGGAGCACCCCUGGCUCAUGGGCGCAAGCGAGAUGCCGACGGCCGCCGCGAUGUCGGUGCAGGCCCAUGCGGCGAAUGUGGUGCUUGCAGACGCCGCGGGCGCUCCGGCUGAGGCUGAGGCCGAGGCGGGUUCAUCGCGGUUGCUGCCGAUGGAUGCGAGUAUGGCGGAGGAGGCCGCGCGCGAGGUCGCUGCGGCGGUGAUUGCGGACCUGUCGCAGUCGGUGGACGCGGCUGGUCUAGCGGCGGCUUCGGCAAAAGCGGUGACGGCGGCGCACGCGGCGGCGGCGGCGGCGGCGGCUGACGCGGGGCCUAGCGACGGUGGCGCACUCAACGCUGAGGCAUCCACACCCCCGCAUUCGCCCAAUGGCAGGCUCCCGCGGAGCAAGUCGUUACGUAAGACGCCGGCGAGUACGAAGAAGUCCCUAUCGGCCCUGGCCACAGCCGCGGCCGCGCUGCUGGCUGUGGCAGAUCCCACAGCAUCAGGCGACAGCCCCAGCAGCAGCCUUGAUGCCGGGAGCUUGCAGGCGCAACCAACGCUCCUGGUGUCAGCGGCGGCGGCGCCGGUUCCGCGCCGCAAGGCCUCGGCGCGCAGAGUGCCGUCCCGCAAGACCGGCGCGGCACCGGAGGCAGUGGAGGGCACGGUCGUCGGCGGCAGGUUGGCGGGCAUUGCCGAAGCGGCUGCGACCGCGCCAGUGGCGAAGCCGCGGGCCAGCCGCAAGGCAUCGGCUGGGGCGGCGGCGCAGGCUGUUGAUGGCACUACAUCCGAGUCUUCAUCACGAACGGCAGAGGCUGCCUCCACAUCGGCAGCAGCUGCGUCCGUGGAGCGCUCGCUCACGCCCAAGCGGCGCGGGCGAAAGCCUGCGUCAGGCUCUCCAGCAGCCACCGGCGGCCCAGCAACGUCGCUUCUCCUGGUGCCGGGGCUGCUCGACCUGUCGCUACUUGACCCUGCUGCUGUGGUUGCUCCCAGCCUGCAGCCGGGGGCUGUGCUGCCCAAGGUGGCCCGCAACCCCCGCGUGCGAAAAGCCGCCGCCUCCCCGCUUGCAGCAGCAUUUGACAGGCAGGACAGCGCUGCCGGCAGCCCUGGUGCGGCGUCUCUGCAGCUGAUGGUGUCGGACGAGGCGGCCGCGGCAUCCGCCCUGGCCACGGCAGCGGCUGUCAUGGUCGCGGGGGUGGCCACCGCAGCCUCGGGGACGCCGCGGUCACGUGGGCGGAAGCAGGCCGAAGCAGCAGCCGCGGCAGCGGCGGCGGCUAGCACGCCAGCACGAGCCGCAAGGCCGCACGCGUUCGCAGAUGCCUCGGACUCUCCUUCAACGUCAGGGUCGCUGGAUGAGAAGGCUGUGGCAGGGCUUCCAACGGCGCAAGGCUCGCCCGCAAAGCGGCGAGGCCGCAAGGCUGCAGCCGCCGCAGCCGCAGCGCCGGGGUCGCCUGGGGGGCCAGUGCGACUGGCGCCGGCUGCACCUGCGGAACGGAAAACAGGCGAGGCGGUGCCAGCGGUGGGCGGUGCGACAGUGGAGAAGUCAGGCCCAGGAGGCGUGGCCGGCCCAGCCGUUGCCCUACCGCCGACCGCCAGCUUGCUUGCUCGUCCGAGCGGGGAGAAGAUUGACUGGCUGCACAUGUUUUGAAUGCGGGCGGGGGAUGCUCGACUUAGGUGGCAUCGGUCAACAGCUGCUCAUCAGGAUGCUGGCGGGUUUUGCAUUCUUUUGAUGACUAUGGGAAGGGCUUGGGCCCGUGCGUGUACGGUAUUCUUGCUAAGAAGUGGCGGAUCUCUGUGCCGUUUAUAGC